AGCGGUGCCAUUCUGGGAGUUUCACCAAUGGAGGAGCCGCAGAAAGAUGAAGGACCGGCCGCCGGUCCCUGCGCUGGUGGGUUCUGGCCCCACCCACAUCGCCGUGGAGAUGUCCGAGGCAAAUGCAUUCAGAUUUUUUGCGGGCGACGCGCAACGUCCCGCACGCGAUCCGAGACGCAGUGCUUGGCAAAUGGGUGCAGCUUUUUGGCUGCCGGGGUUGUGUCGUGCAAGCGUCCACGGCGUAGCUUUGAUUCAAAAAUAGGUCGGGAGGGCCCUGAGCCGUUUGAGGACGUCGCCGGAGCAGUCUAUUGCCCGACUCUGGUUUGGUCGCUUGAUGAAGGUGGGCGAUCCCAACCUGAACCAAGGGGAGGAAGGUUGGUGGCCUCCUGCAAGAUUGCUGGCAUGAAUGCCCGCCGGGGUGUCGCGGUUUGGGCGAGUUCACCCGGAGGACCCCCGAGCGACGCGGUGCGCAACCAUUGGAGGAAGGGCCGCGGGCAAACUCCCGGGAUCCGACCCGGUCCAGGUGCGAUCUCCGCAAUUUUUCGACUGCAGCAUCAUCGCCAGCUACGCGCUCGCCCCGUACCUACGUGGGGAGGGGUCUGCCCGCAAGAUUUCUGGCAAGGUGUCGACGAGUCCGCGUCCCCGUCCGGCCUUAUGGCGCGCAAGCCUUUCGGGGCCAUUGCGGGAAGGGGGUGAGCCAACGAGGCGGGGCGCAACCCGUUCGCCGCUUUGGGUUACAGCGUGCGGAUGCACC